GAGUAACUACCAACAGCGAGCACAAAGGAAAACCAGAACAUUUUGUCAGUCUCAAGCAUGAAUUGAGAAGAGAAUACCUACUGAACAAUGAAAUAAGAAGAAAUUUCAAAACAUAAGCAAGAUACACACACCUCUGAUCGACCAUUUGACUCUGAUUUCCAGAAUCUAACUUAAUUCUGCAUUAAAGCAUGGAAAACAAAUCACGCUGCCUGGUUACUGGUACCAAUCUGCAUUCAUCUUUAUCAAAAGAAAUCCAGCCCAUGUGAACUCGUAUAUCUGUACCACACUCAAGUAUAGCAAGACCUCAGCGUCAAGCAUGCAAAUUCCCAGUAAGCCUCAGCGGGCCCAAAACUGGGUUGGUACCCCAGGGGCCAGGGCCAGGCUAUAUCUAUAUAUAGCAGCCUGCUACUACUCAUGCCACCACCUAUAUGGCCACUGUUAGAUGAUAAAUGGUACCAGCAGUGCAUGCAUUCUGCCAGCAACAGCAAAACAAGGGGAAAAAACAGCAACCAAUGCAUUUCUCCAUCAUUCCUCCAGUCGUGCUGCAGCUGUUCGUGCUCCUCAUCUUGGCCUCUCCUGCCACCGCAUGCACCGAGCAGGAGAAGCGCAACCUCCUUGGUUUCCUUGCCGGGCUGUCGCAAGAUGGCGGCCUCGCCACAUUGUGGCGUGACAACGGCACGGACUGCUGCGAGUGGGAAGGCAUCACCUGCAAUGAAGACGGAGCUGUUACUGAGGUCUCCCUGGCAUCUAGAGGACUUGAAGGGCGCAUCGCGCCAUCCCUUGCCGACCUCACCAGCCUGCAGCGUGUCAACCUCUCAUACAACUCCUUCUCUGGUGUCCUUCCUCCGGAGCUCAUGUCCUCUGGAAGCAUCAUUGUCCUCGACGUCAGCUUCAGCCAGCUCAACGGACCGCUGCCCGAGCUGCCAUCUUUAGUUACCGCCGACAGGCCUCUGCAGGUACUCAACAUCUCAAGCAACCAGUUCAGCUCAGAAUUUCCAUCAGCCAUAUGGAAGAUGACGAAGAAUCUGAUCGUGCUCAACGCCAGCAAUAACAGCUUCACUGGGCACAUACCAUCUUCUCUUUGCCUGGGGUCGCCAUCUCUGGCUUUGCUUGACCUCUGUCACAACCGAUUGAGUGGUGAUAUUCCCACCGCACUCGGUGAUUGCUCCAAGCUCAGAGUUCUCAAGGUUGGCCAUAACAACCUAAGUGGGAUUCUCCCUGUUGAAAUCUUCCACGCUGCCUCGCUAGAGUACCUCUCCUUCCCCAACAAUGAUCUACAAGGAGAACUUGAUGGAGCACACAUGGUCAAACUCGCUAAGCUGCUUACUCUUGACCUUGGAUGGAACAAUUUCGGUGGCAACGUCCCGGAGUCCAUAGGUCAGCUCGGGAGGCUGGAGGAGCUCCAUUUGGAUAGCAAUAAUAUGUCUGGGGAGUUGCCAUCAACUCUGGGCAACUGCACAAAUCUGAAAACCAUUGAUCUGAAGAUCAAGAACUUCAGUGGAGAUCUAAGCAAGGUAAACUUCGCCACCCUACAGAAUCUAAAAAGUUUAGAUCUCAUGAGUAAUAAUCUCAGUGGCAUGCUUCCAGAAAGUAUUUACUCAUGCAGCAAUUUGACUGCACUGCGGUUGUCAUACAACAAUUUGCAUGGUGAGAUCUCCCUGAGAAUAGGCAAUCUGAAGCACUUGUCCUUCUUAUCACUUGUUAGAAAUUCCUUCACGAACAUCACAAAAACUUUGCAUGGCCUUAAGAGCUGUAAGAACAUCAGCGUCCUACUUAUUGGAAAAAACUUCAUGAAUGAGGCCAUGCCACAAGAUGAAACCAUUGACGGUUUCCAGAAUCUUCAACAUCUCGCCAUACACCAUUGUUCGUUGACUGGAAGGAUACCUAUGUGGUUAUCAAAGCUCACAAAUCUGAAGAUGCUAGACUUAUACAGCAAUCGACUCACUGGACCAAUGCCAAGCUGGAUCAACUCCCUAAACCACCUCUUUCGUCUGAAUGUAUCUAACAACAGUCUUACUGGGGAAAUCCCAAUCACCUUGAUGCAGAUGCCAAUGUUGAAAUCAGAUAAGCCCGGCAUCUAUUCGGACCCAAGCCUCCUUGACCUUGAUCUAGUUAUUUAUGUUGCGGAUUCAUCAACACUUCAAUACCGCAUAGACAGUGCUUGGGCCAAAGUGCUGAAUCUCAGCAACAAUAAAUUCACAGGUAUGAUCCCACAAGAGAUUGGUCAGCUGAAAGCACUCCUUUUUCUGGACUUGAGUUCCAACAACUUUUAUGGAGAGAUCCCGCAAUCAAUCUGCGACCUCACGAACCUCCAGGAACUAGAUCUGUCUAAUAACCAUCUGACGGGUGAAAUUCCUGCAGCAUUGGAGAUUCUUCACUUCCUUUCGCAGUUCAACAUUUCCAACAACGACCUAGAAGGAUCUAUUCCAACAGCAGGCCAGCUGAGCACAUUUCAAACUUCUAGUUUUGAUGGGAACCCAAAGCUGUGCCAUUCUCUGCUUAUUAACCAUUGCAGUUCGGUUGAAGGAACUCCUGUGUACAUCAUCUCUGCAAAAGAAUGCAGCAUUAAAGUCAUCUUUGCAAUUGCCUUUGGUCUUUUCUUUGGGGUAGGAGUGCUAUACGACCAGUUAGUAUUAUUCAGAUAUUUUGGCUAAGCAGCUAAACCCACUUCACUGUAAUCUGAUCAAGUAUGCAAUGGUCUAGUAUCCAGAUAUGUUGUUUACAUCUUUGUAUCUGCAUGCAAUGGAUCUUAAUAGUGUAUUAAUUGAAUAUUGUGAGCUAUGGUUAUUAGCAGAAUGCAUGUUUCUGAAACAGUGCACAUGCAAAGUAGUUUGGUCAGUAUGUACCUGGACGUAUCAUGCUUCUGGAUGCUGUUGCUUUCUGCAAACAAGUGCUUUUUUCUAACCAUAGCUCUGUCUCUUCUUUCGUACCUCGAUAUAUGAUCAAUAUGGAACAUGGCUCACUGGAUUUUUCAUAUAGAAUGAAAUAACUAGAGUCUGGAAGAUUGAACAGAUGAAAGAUUCCCAGAAGACGCCAUUUGCCUUCACAUCAACUAGUAUGCGUGUACGUACUGCAAAGCAUGUUUGGCUUCCAUAAUUGAUACUCUGACCCACAAUAUCAUGUUUUCACAUGCUAACACUGAUAUCGUUGAUAUAAAAGAGAACUGUAAAAUCAAGUGAUUUUACACUAGAUUUAACAUGUCAACCCGUUCAAUCAAUCAUAUUACAAUCAAAACAAAAAUAUAAGCCCACAUAUACUAGCAUUGCAUGACCCGGGGAUUUUGACUACGCCGCAGUAUUGCCACAGUGAGGCAUCGCUCAUUGCAUAGAUGCCUAGGCCGUCAUGCAUCUGCCACCCAUGCCAACGUGAGAGAGAGAGAGAGAAGACAACUCCCAAGGGAAGCAAAGGUGUGCCUCUUCAACCCCCAUGAGACAACCUAAAUGGCACAUCCACCCCCCAUGCAGGCCGCUGUCACACCACCAUCGAUCUCCAGCACUCGAACACUCCCUUUAAGCCUCUCUGCCAACAGACUGCAUAACUGUAGGCCACGUACAACACCAAACCGAGGCUCCAGGUCUCCAAGGCAACACUUUUAAGAAAAUAAAUGGAUGAAGGUUUUUCACCUGGAGAGUACAAGGAGUGGAGAAGUGAAGUCCUUAACAACGCCUCCAAGCAAGAGAAUGACGCCCAAAGGCGCCAUCUCAACAACGCCACUAAGCAGGAGCAUAUGCCCAAAGACACCAUCUCAACGACGCCUCCAAGCAGGACAACGGCACUGGUAAAUGUCAAGAGAAAGUUUUCACUCAGAGCACCAUGUUACGCCACCACUGCCACCCCUUGCCUGCUACAUGCAGCCCACACAGCCGCCGCCAAAAGCCGCCACGCGAAGGAUGAAAACGCUCACUACCAUUCAUCAGGGAGCCACUACAUGGCAUUGCUCAAGGCGUGUGGGCCCAAGCUCCACCGGAGCCCCCACGACACGCCCCAGGCAGGAUAGGCGAGUGUUGCCACACGUGAGAGAUCUGAUGGUGAAACCCGUUGCAUGGCUCUCCCGUAGGCCCAGCUGCCUGGGCCCGCGCCACCUAGAGACUUCAAAGCGCGCUAAAUGGUCGGGUAGGGGCGAUCCGGGCCAGCAAACAAGCUCCACCAGCGGGGAAGCACCAUCGGGCUAAGGGAGAAUUGUGUAAAAAAAUCAGGCUAAGAGAGAAGCGCCGCCUUGUUGUCAAUAGUCGCUCUGGGCACCACAGCCAGCGCCAAGGAAUGCACCAACCAUGCAAAGCAGCACAGGAAACACAGUUGACAUUCGCCGGCCGUCGCUGCCUGUUCCAGCGGCAAGGAGCAUGUUUCUUUAGGUUUAGGGUUUGGGACACCCUAGAUGUAAUGAGUUGGCGGAGAAACUUCGAGGUUGUUGAUGCAGUGUUGAUAUGGAAAUUGGGCUUUGGCCACGGUGGCACACCAUAUUGGAACAAGUGAUCCUCCAGCCUGAAAAUAGUGGGCCCAACCUAUCCGACCGGCCAACGAAAGAGCAACUGGGGAUCAUGUCGAUACUUAGGACAAAAUAUGUGGUUUUAUAAGAAAAAUGUUCAAAAGUUGUGUGGGAGUGUUAUAAGCUGUCCUGUGCGAUCACUCCGAGUGUAAACAUUAUGUCAAAGUCACAAACAGCGGAGCUCGUGUGAAUGGGGGUUGUAGGUGCUGUUUCGGCCGGUGGUUGUCGUUGGUAAAGAGGUGAGCCAUAGGGGGAAUUCGGAGAUGGCAGCUUUUUUCUGAGGGCCGGCACCCAAGGAGGCUGGGUGGUGAGAACCCUAGCGCUGCCACAUCAUAUCUCUGCUUGAUUAGGGAGGGAACAAGAGGAGAGACAAGGUUUUGGGAGAGAGAUCUCUGUAUCAUAAGUGUUGUAGGGGAAGGGCAGACAUAGGACUUGUGUAGGCAGAGUGACAUUCUAACAAGUAUCGCCAGAUGUUUUUUUUUCCCUUUCACAGAAAUAAAAAACCACCAUGCAUUCUAACAAGGCAAAAAUAAGCAAUCUGUUUUGCUUGGGUGAGCCUAUCCAAACACCCAUGUAGCUUCACAGCCAAAUUCACAUCCAUGUGAACGACAUGGCGGAGUAAAAGUUGUAAAACCACCCUGUUUUAGCAAGAAGGGUAAAUUAAAUGGCAUCAAAAAUUGAAGGGUGUGUUAUAACUAGUUUUAAGGUAUGUUUGGAUUGCGGCCAAAGUGUACCCUGCAAUCUUUUUGGCCAUGAUCAAAACGUUGGUCUUUGUUUGGAUGGGAACUAAUCUUUGGGCAUACCAAUGAGGCAAUGGUCCUUUACCAACUCUAAUGCAUUUUCUAGGCAAUGUUGACGGAUCCGUUGACAAGCAAAACCUCAACCGAAAAUUUGGGUAGCCAGCUUUUUGUAGGGAAAAUAUGAGCACAAACCAAACAGACCCUUAGACCCACAAUAGUUUGAGAAGAGGAACUGUUUACACAGUUUGCACAUUAAAAGGCACACAAACAGCAGAAUGGCGGUCCAAUCAAGCAGGAAGAAUACUUCAGCUCCAUAGUAAAAAAUGAGAAGAGUUCAUAUCCAUGGGAAAGACCAAGGAAUGUGAAAUAUAACAGAAAAAGUGUCAUUUGAAAAGAAGAAUUUGUGUCGGCAGAUACAUGUAUAAUCAAACAUAACUAUGAAGAAAUUGUCUAUGUUCAGAAAUCAAAAUGGAGAAACAUGACAACAAUAUUCUGCUGCUGAUUGCAUUUGAGGCCACAUUAGUCGCCUGAAAAGAAUUACCUACCAUGAGAGGUUGACUGUGCAUGAAGCAAAGUAAAAAAAAAACAAAUGAAAUGUCAUUACAGUGUCCUGAAAUGGAAUUAAUCAAGAACAAUUGUUUAACAGGUGAACUCGAGCUGCCGAGUAGUGAAAGCAGGAAUAUCUAUCUCAUAUGGAGACAUCUACAUGCUGCUUUUCUGUCCAAAAAAGAAAAGGAAAUAACAAGACAGAAAACAGACAUAGGAAGUUGAAGCUCAAAGCUUCUUUGCCACAAAGAAUAGGGGAAUAGUCCAUGGCCAUUCUUUGUGCAUCCGAAAUAUUACAUUGAUGGAUGAUGCAUAUGUGACAUGUGCCUUUAAUUCUGCUUUUGUUCCAGGACUUCUCCCAAAGGAAAUGACAUUAAUAUGAUUUCCGGGGAACUGACAAGAAGCAUGAGAAAAAACACAACCAUGAAGCAGUUUUUCAAGCUGAAAUCAUGGAUAUUUAUUCAACAUAACCAUGAAGCAAAUUUUCAAACUGAAAUCAUGGAUAUGUAUUCAUCAGCUACAAAGAGUCAAAGAACUGGUGGGAAAUGACCCAACAUAAUAAUUAUGAGCAGAAUAUCCACCACAGACAUGAAUCAUGUGAAAAACACAACCAUUAGUAGGUUGGUACCCCGUUUGGGCCUGCCUACCAAUGGCAGCCCGUCACUAACGCAUGCAGUAAACAAAACUAGUGCUGUAAGUCUGUAACCAAAGAGCACCACCUAUAUCUAUGUAUUAUUGAGCAGCAAUGCAAUGAAUAGGCCGGGCAAGAUGAGAUGAGAUAAUAGAUUGACUUCUUGCUACUUGAAAAUUUUGGACUAAUCGGUAACUACUUAAUCCAGACAUAACUAAAUGAUAGAUUUAUAAACUAGUUGAUAGCCUUUUACUAUAGCUAAUUAAUUGAUAGGCACGGAUGUUGCUUUUCUAUGCUAGUGCCGCUGUCUUUUCUGUAUCAACGAACCAUGGCCCAGGGCCCUAAGGUGCACCCAUCACAAGAAAUAGGGAAUCUUAUGAGUGGUGUUCAGUAGCUCUGAUGUGCAAAUA